AUGGAAAAUUCAAAAAUAAGAUAUUUUAAUUUACUAUUUUUAGAAGAAGAUGAAGAAUAUAUUGAUGAUAUGUUAAUAUCAAUGAAAAAAAAAGAAAAUGGGAAUUUUGUUAAUAAAAGAGGAAGAUUAAGAUUAUGUUCAAGAUCUUUAGUGUUUGAACCUUAUAGCAUUAACGACGAUGUAUUAAAGUUUCCUUUUCGAAAAUUAGAAAAUAUAAAAUUAAAUAUAUUUAAAAAUGAAUUAAUUAUAAGAACAGUUGAACUUAUAAAAAUAAAAACAGUUAUAUAUAACAAGAAGACAAGAUGUACAUCUCAAUUUUUAUAUGAAAGACAAUAUAAGAAAAAUGAAAACUUCUUAAAUGAUUAUAAUGAGUACUACGAUGAAUUUAAAAAUAUCAAUAAUGAUAAUAUCGAUAAAAAAAUAAAAGAGUUUGAAAAAAUAUUAAAUAAUUUUGAUGAAUACAACGAUAUUACUCUAACUAAUAAUUUGGAAAAGAAUAGCAUGAACGUAAUAUUAGAUAAAGGAAGUACAAUAGAUAUAAGAAAUAAAAAAAUUAAUGAUAACAAUGAAAACAGUUAUGUGUAUAUAUUUACUUGUGAGAACUCUUCUGGUAUAACAAAAAAGCUAAACCAUAUUUAUGAUAUAUUAAUAAAAAUAAAAAUUGCAAUGUUAAUUCAUGAGAAACAAAUGGAAAUAUUAAUAAAAGAAAAAAAAAGCAAACAAAAAAAUAACUACAGCACUGGUAAUAAUAAUAAUAAUUAUAAUAUAAUAAAUAAAGAUAAUAGAAAAGAAAUAAAUUUAGAAAAAUAUAUAGAAAAUAUAGUAGAAAAAUUAACAAAAAAUAUAAAAUUUGAUAUAAGUAGUAUAAAUAUUCAUGAAAAAAUUAUAAGUAAUAAAAUUGAAGGAUAUUGGGUUUUUAAAGUAUCUCCAUUAUUAAAGGUAAAAGGAAUACUAAAUAUUACAAAUAAAUAUAUUUAUUUUCAACCGAAUCCUAACUUUACCAAUAAAAAAGAAAAAAAAUGGAAAACUGAAAAUAUACUUCAUGUUUUUAAAAGAAUUAUAACUAUGAAACCAAAUGCAUUAGAAAUAAUUUUUUGUCAUGAAAAAAAAAAAUAUAAAUCUUUAUAUGUAGAAUUUAUCUCAUUUGAUGAAAGACAAACAAUAAUAGAUGUAUUAAAAAAAAUAAAACCGCAGUGCUUUUUUAUUGAAGAAAAUAAAGAAUUCAUUUACUUAAUUCAAGAAAAGUGGAUUAAUGGAUAUAUAACAAACUAUGAGUAUCUAGAUUUUCUGAAUUGUGUAGCUGGAAGAAGCAGAAAGGACUUUUCACAAUAUCCGGUUUUUCCAUGGAUUUUAUCUGAUUAUUCAAGUGAUCAAAUAAAUUUAAAUGAUGAAAAGGUUUAUAGAAACUUAUCAAAACCAGUAGGCUGUUUAAAUGAAAGUAGAUUAAAUUCUUUGAUUGAAAAAAUGCAAGAUCAUGAAUAUUUUUACGGUUCUCAUUAUUCUACAUUAGCUUAUGUUGUUUAUUUUUUAAUUAGAUUAUAUCCAGAAUGCCAAUUAAAAUUACAAAGUGGUAAAUUCGAUACACUUUCAAGAAUGUUUUUAUCAAUUGAGAGCACAUUCAAUACAGCUUUAAAUGCUAAUUCUUCUUUUAUUGAAUUACUGCCUGAAUUUUAUGAAGAUGACGACAGCUUUCUUAAAAAUAAUUUAAAUAUCAAUACUUGCGAGGGGAACAUAAAUGACGUUCUUUUACCAAAAUGGUGUAAUAACUCAAAAGAUUUUUUAAUUAUUUUGAAAAAUGCUUUAGAAAGUAAUUAUGUAAAUCAAAAUUUAAAUGAAUGGAUUGAUUUAAUAUUUGGUUAUAAACAAAAUGGAAAACUAGCAAAAGAAAACUUUAAUUUAUUUCAUCCAUUAACAUAUAUGCAUGCUAUUUUAAAUGAAAAAAUAUCAAAUGAAUAUAACGUAAGUUAUGAAAAAAAGAAAACGGGAGAAGAUAGUCAAUUUGAUAAAAAUUUUAAUCAUAAAAUUAAAUCUUUAAUUACAUCUAUGUCACCAAAGGCAUUAAAAACUCAAUUACAUGAAUUUGGGCAAUGUCCAUUUCAAAUUUUUAAAGAACAUCAUUUACCAAAAAAAAAAAUGAAAAAAUUUCAUUUUGAUGAAAAAAUUAAAAAUUUUCCUUGGUAUUAUUCAUGUGUUAUUAAUGAAAUGUUAAAGGAAGAAUGUUUAAAAAAGAAAGAAAAAAAAAAAAAAUCAAAUAAAGAUAGUUACAGUAAAAGUAUCUUAAAUAAUGAAGAUAGUGAUGAAGCUAGUGAUGAAAAUAAUAGUGAAAAUUUUCAUAAGCUUACAUUAAAUAAUGAAAAAAAUAACAUUCUUAUAAACCAAAUAUCACAUAUGAAUUAUGAUAAUAAUCAUAUAAAAAAUAAAAAUAACAAGGAAAGGGAAAAAUAUUAUGAUUAUUUCAAAAGAUAUAAUUGGGAACUUCGCAAAUCAGACAAGAUACCAUGUAUUAUAAAAGGUGUUAGUAAUAAUGAAAGUAAUAUAUGUUUUGCUUGUAAUAACGGAUAUAUAAAAUUAAUAACACACUAUGAUCUACUAAAUUUUGAUAUAAAAAAUAAUAAAAAUUUAAUUUCAUUAAAACUUAGUAACGAAAAUUUCUCAUGUGUAACUACUUUUCUUCAUAACUAUAUUUUCGGAACAAUCAAUGGAAAUAUCCUUUUUUUAAAUCCGAAAAGUAUUUUAAAAACAAAAGAAUCCAUAAGAAACAUAAAAAAGGAUUAUAACAAUGUAGAUGAUAAACUAUAUAAAGAUACACUACAUAAAAAUAAAAUAAAAGAUGAAAUGGGAAAUGUAACGAAUAAAGAUGCUUCUGUUUUUUCAGAUUAUUCUAACAUUUCCCUUGAUGAUUCUGAUAAUUCUUUGUUUUCUUCUUUUGAAGAAGUAUUUGAAUAUGAUUCUUUAUAUGAAAAAUCAAAAAAUGAAAAAAAAAAAUUCUUAUAUAAUGAUAAUAUAUACAGUAAAUUGAUUAUUAAAAAAAUGCACAACGAUACCAUUAAUUGUAUGAAUUCUAAUGAUAAUUAUCUGGUUACUGGUUCAUCUGAUGAAACAUUACAACUAAUAAAUAUAGAAAGCAAUUUUGAAAUUGUACAAACAUACGAUAACUUCAAUUAUCCUGUGAAAUAUGUACAAUUAAAAGGUAAAUUGUUGCUUACUAGAUCAGACAACUUUAAGUUAUUUGAUAUUAGAACACCUAAGAAAACAAUUCAUUUAAAUAACUUAAACAGUAAUAAUAAUAAAAUAUCUUCAAGCAUUUCAUCAAAUGAAUCAAUUCCCUUAAUUAAUAAUGAACAGUCACAUUUAUUUUACAAUUCCAUGCGUGAAAAAGUGUAUGAUGAAAAUUAUAUACAUAUAAAUUACUUUAAUCCCCAAUAUUUAUUUGAAAAAAGAAUAAAAAAAAAUACUAACACUAUUUUUUUAAAGAAUUUUGAUAACAUAAUUGUUUCUUCUCUAGUUAAUGAUUAUACUAUUUUUUGUGUUGAUAAAAAGCACAAUUUUUAUUUUUAUGAUUUAAAAAGUGAAAAUUGGAUUAAUAUAAUUUCUAAAAAUUUAAAUCAAACAAAAAAAAAAGGUGUUAUUUCUGCUUCAUGUAACAAACAACAAUUGUGCUCAAUAAGUGAAAAUGGUGAAAUUUUUUUAGAAUAUAUUAAUUUAUGCGAUAAUUUUGACGAUAAUAAUAAUACUUCGAAAACGAAUUUUUUCGAUAAAAAUUCUUCCAUUUUACCUUCAUAUAUUUCUUUCUUAAAUUAUUACGAUUCAGAAGAAGUGACAAAUUAUGAUUUAUGCAACUGUAUUUUAUUAACAGGAAUAAAUGGAAAUAUAGAAAUUUUUAAAAAAAAACAUGAUUAA